ACCCGUGCAGGAGGACUGUGCUGUUCACUCAAUGAUAUUUCCACAAGAGAGUGUACAGGCUUGGAUUGGAUGUGCUGAUUUCCUGCAAUACCAUAUAGAUUUAGUUUGGCGAAUUGUUUAAUAUCUUAAAAAGCACAGGAGCGUUUAACGGAGAUAGUAGAAGCUUAUAUACGGUGCUGGUAAUAAACGUUGUGUUCAGUUAAUUAACAAUUUUCAGUAGGUUGACUUUCUCCAAAUUAUAUUUUAAAAAUAUAUAUAAAUGGUAUGUUUUACAUUGUGUGCUUAAUUGCAACUUUGGAAGAAAUUAGUUUUAAUUCUAAUAAUAAUUUUGUAAAAAGCGAUUUAUUCCUUCGCUUAAAAGAAAGACCUGGCAGAAAAAGGUUUCAGUAUCUUUCGAUAUGUACAGCAAGCAUUUGAAAAUCGCGUUUCUAAAUUUUACAUUUUUGGUGCGUGUGCUAAUGGCUUAUGAAUGCACGCCAUGUGAGCUCCGGGCGUGUGUGAAGAGACCCUCUGGUACCUGCGAGGCUGACCGGACCCUAGCCCAAGACCCAUGUGGAUGCUGCGAUUACUGUACCCGGCUGGAGUGGGAGCCUUGCGGGGGGGAGAACUGGGAAGCAGGGUACUGUGGUUUGGGCUUGAGUUGCGCAACAGUGAAUGGGACAGGACUUGUGACGAUACCUGAUGUUGGAAUCUGUAAAUUUUUACCAAGCAAUCCGAAUGCAGGUGUAGAAGAUGAACACUGUCCUGAAAUGAGCGGCUGUAACAGAAAAGCAGGAUUGUGCUCUUGUGACACUCGACGCACCUGUAUUUAUGCAUUUAGCUAUACCAAUUUAGAAUCCUGCAUUAGAGCAACAGGAUCAGAAGACCAGCAUCAGGAAAAAGAUCCUGGAUUAAAGUACAAGUUCUCCCAUGCCUCUGGUUCUGCUGCCUGCAUUUUCUCUGGGUGUAACCUGACUGAUCGAGGUUGUGUGUGUGAAUCACAGAGCUGCCAUGACAACUUUUCCUACUUGAACAACAAUGAAUGUCAGAUGGCAAAAAACCAACUGAAGUGUGCUGGAGUGACUUGCCCAAAACAACCUAUUUUGGAUUGCCCCAAGGGUUCUGUGCUGAGCAAGACAUACACUCCACCAGCAGCCUGCUGCCCUUCAGAGCCGCCAUUCUGCACCUGCAACUUCCGUGUCUGUGAGGAAAGGGAGUGUUCCCGUGGAUACCAGCCGGUUCUCAUUGUGGAAGGAAAAGGAAUCCCCGGAGAGUGCUGUGAUGAGUAUGAGUGUCAAAGAGUUUCACCAAAGUGUGUGCACAACGAGAAGGAAUACGCGGAGGGGCAGGUAUAUCGGAUGGAUACCUGCUGGCUGUGCCAGUGUCGAGGGGGGAUAUCUUUCUGUUCCAAAGCUGAAUGUGCUGAGCUGGAAUGUGAGAGUUUCUACAUCCCUGAGGGAGAAUGCUGCCCAGUGUGUAAAGAUACAGAGUUGUUUUCUCUCGGGAGCAGUGGAGCUAGCUGCUGGGUAAACAGCAAACUGAGGCACCACGACGAGCAGUGGAAAGAGGACGACUGCACCUUCUGUCAGUGUGUUGAUGGGGAUCCUCACUGCACUGCCAUGGCCUGCAAACAGACCUGCCAAAACCCAGUCAAGAUACACGGAGAGUGCUGCCCGUUCUGUGAAGAGCCUACAUAUGAAACAGUUAGUCCAAUUAUCUGUCCAAAACUUGAGAACUGCACUCUUUCAGAGAAAGACUGUCCAUACGGAUUUAUGCAAGAUAAGAAUGGAUGCUUGCUAUGUAAAUGCUUAACAAAUGAAUCUUGUCCAACUCUGGACAUGUACUGCUCACUCCAGUGUCCCUUUGGCUACGAGAUGGAUGAUUAUGGCUGUCCUGUAUGUGAAUGCACUUCUCAGAUACCUAAAUGUCGUCCGAUGUCCUGCAGUAAGACCUGUGCAUAUGGAUAUGUGAGAAACAAACAUGGCUGUGAGAUGUGUCGCUGUGUGAAAUGCCCUCCUUUCACUUGUGAUAAGGAAUGCCGGGAGGGUUAUCAGCAGAAUAAGAAAGGGUGCUCCAUCUGUCUUUGCAAAGAGACCAAACAUGUUCCAAGCACUUCACUUCCUGCACCCAAAGCCGACUACUGUCUCACAGCUACUGGUGAUCAUUAUGAGGCGGGCGAGAGCUGGCAUGACGGCUGUCGGGAUUGUUACUGUCAGGCUGCCCGGGAGAUGUGUGUGUUGAUUACUUGCCCUGUUCCAAGUUGUUUAUAUCCUGUGGUCCAGAUGGGCCAGUGCUGCCCGAGCUGCGAAGAUGAAUCUGGCAGUGGACAGCAGCCUGAUGCAGUUGAUCUGGCUGUGUGCUUAGCCCCAGGAGGAGAAUUCUAUGUGGAAGGAGAGACUUGGCAACUUGAUGAGUGCACCCACUGUACCUGCAGGAAGGGCCGUGUUCUGUGUGACACAGAGGUCUGCCCUCCCGUUCUCUGCCAAACGCCUGUCAAAAACAUGAAUACAUGCUGCAACACUUGCCCAGAUGACCAUCUUAAACCACUUUUACCUGUAAACAGCAGUCAGCCUGAGGACUGUAUAUCCAGCGAAGGAGAGAUUGUUUUGGCUGGAGAAUCUUGGAAAGCUAAUCCCUGCACAAGCUGCACAUGCAAUAAUGGAACCAUCCAGUGCUUCUCCCAAAGCUGCCCUCCUGCGUUUUGCAGAGUUCCUGUCUUGCGGAAAGGGCAGUGUUGUCCAUAUUGUUUAGAUGGCGUAACGGUGCGGUCAUCUCUUGCUCCCUCUGUGAAAACCUAUCCAGAGGACAGUGAACAAUGGUUGUCCACACCUGGAGUGCCACAUGUUAGUUCAAUUACAGAAGGAAAAAUCCAAAAUGAAGAUUACCCAAGCCAGACGGAGGUUGCAUUGAUAUACCAAUCUGCAGCCUGGAUUCUAGCCGGUAUAUUGCUGACUACUGUCAUAUUCCUCAUAGCUGCUCUUUUAAUAAACAAGAAGAAGAAAUGGGUACAAAUGCCCUGCUACAGUGCACCCAAAAAGACCGUAAUUUUGAAAAAACAUGUGAACAAAAACUCUGUUGUUUAUAUGGAGCCUUCAAAGGAGAAUACAUUUCGAAAUGUCAAGAAUGAAUGCAGAGUAAAUGUAACCACAGAAGCAGGUUCAAUCAGCAAUGAAAGACACAGUGAUCAAGCUGAAAACCAGAAGCAGCAGCCAAGCUGGCUGCUGGGAUAGAAACACACACUGGGGCCCGGGAUGUGCGUUUCAUUUUACAGCCCAUUAAACGGAUAUUGCAAUGCAAAACGAUUUGCAAUUUUAUCUUGUGCUCUUCUAUAUUUAAAUUUACUAAAGCUUUAAAUAACCCAAACUAAGGCAAACCUUGUAUGCAACAGUAUGAAUUGAAAAUGUGAUAUUCAUCAACCAUUCCCACACAGCCAAAUCCAGUAUACAGUUGGCACUCACAUAUCCAACCCUAUAACAUUUUGACUUCAGUGAUGGUUAAAAGAGUGUGACUCAUAACUGAUUAUUUCAUUUUGGCCCAUUCCAGCUCUUGUCUGUUUAAGGAACACAAAAAAGAUAUGUCAAAAAUUCAUAGCUGAAAAGACUGUUUGUAAAAUAAUUAGGCUUUAAUUUAAAUGUACUGUAUUUGGUACUGUAGUUGGUUUUGUUGGUACAGUACUAGAUUUUCAACACAAGUAUUUUUAUUCGACAUGAUUCUGAAAAUAUCACUUGCCAAAACAGACGACACAUGGACAUACUUUUAAAUCCGGUUUGUAUUGUGAGUUAGUAAACGACCGUUAACCACCCAACAGCAAAAUGAAAUCAAAAUCUUACCCAUGCACGGAACUGCGUAAAGCAUAAAAGGCAAUGCAAUUUAGCAAAAGUUUAAAAAAAAAAAAAAACAGGUUUCCAGAAUUAAGAGUAUCCAAAGUCAGUAUUCAAAAGUGACUUGAUAAGACUUGAUAAUAGUGCUUGAUAAGGCCCUAAUGUUAUAGUUCAACAGAAAAUGCACAAAAGCAACGAAAGUUUACCGAUUUUAAAAAAUAAAUUUAAAAAAAUGCAUCACAGUAUCAAACUGCUUAAUGAUUAACUGUCUUGCAUUACAAUAGCUGGUCUCGUUCGCUUUAUUUUUGCUGCAUUUUCAUCAGGUUAAACUGGAGGAAGCUCUGUGUAACUGCACAAUAAAGACUGAUUUGCAUAUGCGAGGAAAAAAUGCAGACUGUGACGAAUAGUUAAAUAAAUAGUAACACUGAAGAGAUGGCCUUUGUAUCAGAAAACCAGUGACUGGCGAGUCGGAAUCGUGUUACAGAUAAGUGCAUUAAUUAGUUUUUUUUUUAUAUAUAAAUGGGAAUUGAUUUGUUUCUUAAUACAAGGACAGUAAAACACGACUGACAUGUAUGAGUGUCGUAUAUCAGAGUGCUAACUUUAUAAUAGUACAAUGCUUCCAAAAAUAAACAUACGCCAUUGUUUGCAAUGCUUAUCAUUGAAUUAGAGUUUAUUUUAGUAUUUCCAAAUUCAGCACUAUUGGAUGUUUAAUAGUUAUGAAUGCUAAAGUAUUACUUAUCUUUUUCUCAUGUGUCAUGCAUUCACUCUAACCAUAUUUGGAGCAUUUAAACAUUAUAGCUACUGCAAUGAGUUUUGAACACUUUCAAGAGCAUUCAACUACCGAAUCUAAAUAACUUACCAGCAGAAUACAGCAGACCGUGUAUAUGCUUGUCUCCUUACUAAUGUGUUUAGAAAGAUCGCAAAAGAGAAGCACAUUUUAUUUAACAAAUUCUGCAUUACCAGGUCACUAAUUUUGUAUGAAGUAAACUACAAAAAAACAAAAACAAACACACUUAAUAGCGUUACAGUUCUAAAAAUAUACUUUAUCAGGUUAAAUUGUAUGUACAUUAAUUCUACUGGUAUAGGCUGGGAGUUGGGUAGCUUUGAUUACACCCCAUGUGUAUUGCAACAACUGUGGAAUUUUGGCACAGUAGUUCUAUAGAGGGUUGAGUCUCUCAAUCAAUCACAGGGCUCUCUCUUCAUGUCGCUAUCUGACUGGCACAUCAAAAAAUAAAUGAGGCAUUGUAAACAGUGGUAUUAAUGGAGGGUCCUUAUGCAGGAAAAUAUAGGACUUUCACUAUUUACUAUCAACAUGGCCUAAUUAGUCAACCAAAUGAGUGAAUUAUGAAAUGUAUGUAUUUAAAAAAAAAAUGUUUUUCAAAAGGGUCAUCAGUAUAACAAAAAAGAUUAGAAAUGGCUGUUUUUAAGCACUUUUUAAAGUCUAGAUCGCUUAUACUUUUAGGGCAUGUUAGGCAAGUAACUUGUAGACACACCAGCACAUGAUCCCUAUUCUUAAAAGCCUAACACUAACAGGUUGAUUUCUUCUGUGGAUACAGGUUCUGUAAAUCAGACACACCGCUGAUUUUAAAAAUGAGAAUUGUAUAUUUUUGUGGUUCAUUGCAACAAGCUGCUUCUACCAGAUGCAUGUUUCACAAAACUGUUACAUCAUUUAAAUGAUUUGUUUGUUAAAAAAAAAGUAAAUAAAUAAAUAAUAAUAUAUAAAAAUAUAGCAGUACAAAGCAAUGCCGAGUUUCUUAAAUUAUAAGGAGAACUGUGAAAGAUGGGUGCCAUAUUAUUGACAGCUGGAGCAAAGGUGCAGUAUUUACAUAUUUGGUUUUAUAUAAAAGCACUACUGUUCUGAUUAUCCUGUUUUACUACAUGUAAAAUGCAUUACAAAAUUAUUGCAGAUUGUAAAGUUCAAACAAACUAAUUAUUUAUUAUUAUUAUUAUUAUUUGGUUUACAUAUAAAGAAAUUUUUAUUUUAUCUUUUUUGGACAGUGUGCUUGUAUACUAAUAACGUAGCCUUAACUUGAUGUGAUAAUGAUAUUUAAGCAUAUUACUAAUCUUAACUUUUUUAAAUGUUUUCUAAGGCAUGGGGGAAAGCUACAUGUUAAAUGCUUUUGCAAAUGCUUGUAACUCCUAAGUGUAAAAAUAAGCAGAUCAAAGUAGAUGAAAGAAAGAGUUCCCUAUUUAUUUUUUCACAUAACUUUAUUUAUUAUUACUAGAACUAGUUUUAAAAAGCUAAUUCGAGUGCUCAGCAGGUAAUGAGCGUAAAGCUCGAGGGAGCCAAACCUGCUGUACAUGUGUUAGCUGUGUUAACCUUUUUUUUUUUCUUUGCAUACUUUACUGUUCAGAAUACGUAAAGUUGCUUAUUUAUUUUCCCAACAGCAAAUGCUUGAUUGUAAAACAUUUUUCCUUGAAAAAUAAAUACAUUUGUGAUCGGAAUUGUUGUUGCCUUGAAGAAUGUGUAUAUUCUGUGAAUUGUUUCAUUCUCAAAUGUGUACAGUAAUAAAGCAAAUACAUUUAGCAAAGUUUACUGUACUGCCUGUAUUACUGAGCUCUUUCAGGUCCCACCUUGUCUUGGUGCUGUAUGUUAACAUAUGCUGUAGGAAAUCCUGAUGGAACCUCUCAGAAAUCCUAGGUUCCAGCCUGAGGUGGUGUAUAAAUAUGUAAAAAUAAUCAAGGAGUGAAAGGGUUAAAUAAUCCUAGUUUGAAAACUGAUUGGGCUCUUAUUUGAGUCUUGUUUUGAUCUUGUUCCGGUGCAUGGGGAGCAAUUAGAUAUAAUUCAAUGAUAAACUCUUUCACAAGCCCCACACUGCACAUAUUUUGGAUGAAAAACUAACAUGUCUCAGCAUCUGAUCAGGGGUCUGAUUGAAAAAUGAAGGACACUGUUGGAACAGUCUUGGACUGCAGGUACAGACAUUGCCUACCUGCACUAGAAAACCAGCAGAAUCUGUGCUGUUUCUGAGAUGUACUGCUAGAUUUCCUGCGGAUGGGCAAGCACAAAAGGUUUUUUUAACAAUGUCCUUGAUGCCCUCUAAUAUGCCAGUACCAAAAUAAAGGUCUCUCUCCAGUCUUAUCAUCCAGGAAACAAGAAGUAACUUGCCUGCAAUACACCAGCCUUUAUCAGGGAGCAAAAGUCAAGUACAGGUUACAGCUAACAAAAUCAUUUCAGAAAUCUUACAUUUAUGUUUAUUCACUACAUAGGUUUCAAAUGUGCAGUUUUGAAUAAACACAUGUUUUAGAAAAACCUCUCCAUUAUAAAUCAGGACAUCUGGUACAAGUUAAAGAAAGGGUGCCUGCCUUGCCUUCCAGGAAGUCUGUUACUGCUUUACUUCCCAGGUCAAUUCCCCCUUGCAGUGCUUCGAGGUCAAAACCUGACAGACAGGUCAUUGGGGGAAGUAGCUGGUUGGUUACGAACAGGAAAAAAGGGUGCUCAAGAGGUGCGGACAGUUUCACUUCCACCCAGUGCAGGGCCAGGUAUCAUGUUUUUGUUAGCUACAAUGACUUUACUUCAGCCUACAAACUGUAAAGAAUUCAAAUCUAAAAGCUUGCUGUAGCCUAUGGACAUCCACAAACACCAGAGACAUUACCAUGUAGUGCUGUUGGGCCAACAACCUAAAAAAAUAAAAUCAUACUAAGAAUACAGACCACAUUU